AUUUAAUGAGGGAAAAAUAGAACACUCCCCUCAACAUCAUAAACCCGAGCAGGCCGGAACAGGCAAAGCUCAGUUGCCAAGAUCACACUGAACACUAUGGACGCAGACAAGAACAACGCCGUCCUGAGAGAAGGAUUCCUGGUGAAAAGGGGUCACGUCGUGCACAACUGGAAGGCGCGCUGGUUCGUGCUGAAGCCGGACAAGCUGCUGUAUUACAAGUACGAGGGCGGCAGAAGGGACUCGUGUCAGCGAGGGAAGAUCCCGCUGAAGGACUGUGUGCUGACCUGUCCCUUCCUGGAGCACGAAGCUCGGCCGUUGGUGUUCAAGCUCCGGACGGCCAGCGGGGCGGAUCACUUUCUGGAGGCUUGUUCCCGGGAGGAGCGAGACCAGUGGGCCGCUGACAUCACCGCCGCGCGCGACAAGCUGCGGACGGCCGACGGUGGGAAGGUGAAGAACCGGCAAAAAGCUGCUGGUUCCCACUUACACAACGUAGACCUCAGCAAAGUGCUGGACUCCAUGUACGACGUGCACAGUGGAAUCAGGAUGAGCAACCACGUGGAGCAGGGCAGCACCUACAGCAACUGCUUCUCAGGCUCAGCUGUGGUGGACUGGCUGGUGUCCGUGCAGCUGGCUCUGACCCGCCUGGAGGCCGUGACGCUGGCCUCGGCCCUGCUCGAGGAGGGCUUCCUGCGGACCGUCGGCCUGAGGAGCAUGGAGGCCCUCCGCACCGCCGGGCUCAGCGAGCAGUUCAUGGACGACUCCACUGCGCUGUACAGCUUCUCCGACAGUUUGAAGAAGCGAGGCAGCGUGAAGGCGGAGACGUCGCUGUCCGCGAUGGAGCUGAGCGGGCAAGUGAUGAAGACCGGAUAUCUGCUCAAACAGGGACACAGGAGGAAGAACUGGAAGGUGCGACUGUUUGUGCUGCGCUCAGAGCCAGCGUUCCUCCACUACUACGAUCCCACAAAGGAUGACCUCAGCCCGGCGGGCGGCUUCUCGCUGCGAGGCUGUCUGGUGUCUUCUCUGGAGGACAACGGAGUUCCCUCAGGCGUGAAAGGCAACAUUCAAGGGAACCUGUUCAAAAUCAUCACUCAGUCCGACACGCACUACUUCAUCCAGGCUCCGACCCGCCAGGAGAAGAUGGACUGGAUAGACGCCAUCCGGGAGCAGACGUAGAGCAGUUUUAACGUCUCAACCAGACGCUUCACGUUGUUACGGAGAAAACAAUUCUGAAUUUACACGUUCCAUGAAUGUACUGUAGCAACAAACUGGGCCCAGGCAAACCCUAAUGAGAGGCGUCCCUGCUCCCAUCACAUUCCUGUUCCUCUCAUCGCCAAAAAGGAAAAUCAGAAAAGAGUUUCUCAGCCGGAUUCUUAAAGAUUUAAAGGCUUUUAAAAGCCCAAACACUGUAGCAUCUCUCUUGUCAUCAUUCAAGUUCAGUUAUAAAAAAAAUUACAAAAAUCUCUUCGGGAUUAAACAUAACCUGUUAUACUAUAUUCUCAAAGUUAAAUGUUUUAUACAACUCCACACACACACCAAUGAUUUUUGUACAUUUACUGCACCUGCACAAUUCUGAGGUACUUGUACCUGACUUGAUUAUUUCCAUUUUAAUCUUGUCAUCUAAAUCAGUUUAGGUGAUAAUCUUAUGAAAUGCAAUACGUUGUUUAAAAUCCAAUAUUUUUUCGGACUUCUCCGACAUUUCUCCUCUAAUCUUAUAAAAAGUUUUAGGUUGCAAGUGUGUGUAAAUAGUUCUCAAGACAAAAACUUUGUUUCCCCUUGUGUCCUUUAUCCUAUUUCAGCUUUUUUGUAAUAUUUCUAUCAGCACCAUUGGACCUGUAAACAUAUUGUCUCACAACGGGCAAGUGAUGAUUUUACAGAAGCUAAAACAUAAAAUUGAUUUUAAUGAAUUAUUCCUUCAUCAUGUGUCAACCCAGCAAUCAGUUUUUUCUCUGUCUAUCCAAGUCCAAAAUUAUGCUUUUUUAUUUAUUUUUUUAUUAUAUUUUAAGCACUGGAAAUCUCCGAUAAGAUAAUAAAGAAUUCAAAAUCA